CGAUGAUGUCACAGUUUACUUCACACGUGCCGACUGUUGCUUUGUGUAAUGAGCAGACACCAGAAACAACAACAACAAUGGCAGCUGUUUACCAGUUUCAGUAGUUGUGUUAGCAGUUCUUGGUCCAGUUACAAGUGUGCAGCUAAAUGUAGCAGCACAGCUCCACAUUUCAAACAUUGACCGGAGCUUGACUUGCCCAAUUUUACUUGGAACACAUUAUUCUUCUCUGGUGUUUGGUGGAUUGUUGAUCAUAGACUUUUUCGCCACCUACUGGCCCAGCAAGCGCGUUUGAGUGUUUGUUGUCUGCAGUAGUUUAGACAAGGCCUUUGUCUCAAGGUUUGUACACAGGAUACAUCUCACCGGGUGAAAACCACAGACUUUACUGAAAAGACGAAUGACGCAUAUCCACUUCCACUGGUUGUAGAUGGACCACAUGGAGCUGAUCAAAGCUCUGAUGGUGUUCGGUGCCGAUGUGGAGAUCCACAACGACCUGGGAGAAACCCCCGGACUGAUCGCUGCACGCACCAGCAAAGGUCCUAAUAGAAAGAUACUGCUGGACAUGCUGUGUAGUGUAGGGGUCCAGCGUUGCCACCCUCCCUCCCCUGGCAGCCCUCCCCCCGUCACCUUCAAGGCCAAGUCUCAAACCAUAGGUAAAACCACCUGUUCCUCACAUUUAGCUCACGGCUCCGCUGGUCAGGGAGGAGCUGUAUCUACUGUGAAGCCUUUUUACAUUGUCAAUCAUUCUUUUUAUAUUCAUUGUAUAUUUUACAGUUGACAUGAUUGUUCUCAGCCAGAUUAAAACAUUAGUCACAAGAUGUGAUAUUAUUUAGAUUUUUUACUUUUAUUUAUCAGCACGCACCCGCUGCCCUACUCCCAAAUG